AAGUUGGGGCCCCGGCUCCAGGAUCUGAAGCCUGUUCCACGCACCCGAGACUCCUCCCUGCCGCAUUCGCCCGUCCUUGUCGGAAAUAGGGAAGAAGCUGACUUUGAACUCGGGAGCGGUGUUUUCUCCGGCCACCGGGGGAUGCGCCCCCCACGGUGCGCCCUCAGCGCACACCUGGGCACUGCCCGCCCCCGGGGAGCAGCGCGGCCCUUUGUACCCGCCUCCAGCUCCUCGGAAGAGGGCAUUUGUGCCCCAAGACAGCGAGGCGGCCCCCCGGGGGCUGGGCCCAGAGCCGGACCCCAGCAGAUUUGUGCACCUUCUUGGAUAUCCAGGUGUCACCCCUCACUAUAUGUCACUGGCUCCGGAAUGACUUUUCUGAGCCUGCUCAUGGACAGAAACAACCUCAGAAUGUGGAAAAUCCAGAUGGCCAUUCUGACCAAACAACCUCCUGAUGCCUGACCGGCCUGUGGGAACCACCCAGUCCAGCAAGUGUCUGUCUUCAGGCACUUUCAUUGAUAGGACACUUUCAUUGACAUGGAGUCCACAGCCUUCCCUCUGAAUCUGACCCUGAAAGUGGAGGAAAGGGAAGAAGAGAUUCAGAGCCCAGAACUGGAGGAUGGCUCCACAGACAUGCAGAAGGUCCGCAUCUGCUCAGAGGGCUCAUGGGUGCCAGCCCUGUUUGAUGAGGUGGCCAUCUACUUCUCCGACGAGGAGUGGGAAGUUCUGACGGAGCCACAGAAGGCCCUGUACCAGGAGGUCAUGAGGAUGAACUACGAGACUGUGCUGUCACUGGAAUUCCCGUUCCCGAAGCCAGACAUGAUCUCUCGGCUGGAUGGGGAGGAGGAAUCUCAGAAUUCGGACCGAUGGCCACUCCCAGGAGGAAGCUUCGCAGGUACUGCGGUCAAACUGACCCAGCACCCAUCGAGUGGGAGCUUCACCAAGCAGGAAAACGAAGAGGCUGAUGUCAAGCCCCCAGACUGGGCAGGCCCGAUGCACUCCGCGUCCCCAUUUCCCCCGCCGCAGCCCCUGGACGGCUUUGGCCUCCGCCUGCCUCGGGACAUCGCCGAGCUGCCUGAGUGGAGCGAGGGGUACCCCUUCUACAUGGCCAUGGGCUUUCCGGGGUACGAUAUCUCGGCCGAUGAGCUGGCCGCCAAGUUCCAGUUCAGCCGAGGCAUGCGCCGCAGUUACGAUGCGGGGUUCAAGUUGAUGGUGGUGGAGUUCGCUGAGAGCACCAACAACUGCCAGGCGGCCAAGCAGUUUGGUGUGCUGGAAAAGAAUGUUCGAGACUGGCGCAAGGUCAAGCCGCAGCUGCAGAACGCCCAUGCCAUGCGGCGGGCUUUCCGAGGCCCCAAGAACGGGCGCUUCGCUCUGGUGGACCAGCGCGUGGCCGAGUACGUCCGGUACAUGCAGGCCAAAGGGGACCCGAUCACCAGGGAGGCCAUGCAGCUGAAAGCCCUCGAGAUCGCCCAGGAAAUGAACAUUCCAGAGAAAGGGUUCAAGGCGAGCUUGGGCUGGUGUCGCAGGAUGAUGCGACGGUAUGACCUGUCGCUGAGGCAUAAGGUGCCCGUGCCCCAGCAGCUGCCCGAAGACCUGACGGAGAAACUCGUCACUUACCAGCGCAGCGUCCUGGCCCUGCGCAGGGCGCACGACUACCAGGUGGCUCAGAUGGGCAAUGCGGAUGAGACGCCAAUCUGUUUGGAGGUGCCCUCCAGGGUGACUGUGGACAACCAGGGCGAAAAGCCUGUCUUGGUCAAGACGCCCGGCAGGGAGAAGCUGAAGAUCACAGCGAUGCUGGGGGUCCUGGCCGAUGGCAGGAAACUGCCUCCCUACAUCAUUUUGAGGGGCACGUACAUCCCCCCCGGGAAGUUCCCCAGCGGGAUGGAGAUUCGCUGCCACCGCUACGGCUGGAUGACGGAGGACUUGAUGCAGGACUGGCUGGAGGUGGUCUGGAGGCGGAGGACGGGCGCCGUGCCCAAGCAGCGCGGGAUGCUGAUCUUGAACGGCUUCCGGGGCCACGCCACAGACUCGGUGAAGAGCUCCAUGGAGAGCAUGAACACCGACAUGGUCAUCAUCCCGGGCGGCCUGACCUCGCAGCUGCAGGUGCUGGACGUGGUCGUGUACAAGCCGCUCAACGACAGUGUGCGGGCCCAGUACUCCAACUGGCUUCUGGCGGGGAACCUGGCGCUCAGCCCCACCGGCAACGCCAAGAAGCCGCCCCUCGGGCUCUUCCUGGAGUGGGUCAUGGUCGCGUGGAAUAGCAUCUCGAGCGAGUCCAUCGUCCAGGGGUUCAAGAAGUGCCACAUCUCCAGCAGCCUGGACGAGGAGGACGACGUCCUGUGGGAGAUCGAGGGCGAGCUGUCGGGCGGAGGGGAGCUGCCCCCCGAGAGCAGGACAGAGAGCAACUGACGCACCACCAAGGUAACCGCCGCGAGCACCGCUGUCUCGCCGAGCACCGUGCUG